AUUAACUAAAUGGUCGAUUUGCACUAACAAUUGAUAGUUUGGCCGUGCGGUCUAAGGCUCGAGAUUUAGGUUCUGGUCCGUAAAAGCGUGGGUUCAAAUUCCACAGUUGUUAGUUUUUUUUUUCUUUUUUAGAAUUGCGGCUCCAAAUAUUUGUCAGUGUUUGAAGUUUAAGACAAAAUUUAAAGAAAGAUGUUUGAUUUGGUGAAGCAUUUAUCGAAACAUUCUUCUUUUGUGCUCUUGGUUUUACCCCCACAUGGUUUCAUUGAAUAUUUUUGGAGUUACCAAAGUUCAGACAGUGACAAAACCAAUGAGAUUUGAAAGAGACAACCAAACCAAAAUUCAUUGUUAAUUUCUCCUUCCUUCUUUUAAUAGCUUCUCACAACUCCCCCAUCCUUGCCUCUUCAAUGACACUUUUUUUUUUUUUUUUUUACAACUUAUACUAGAAACUACUCUGUCGCAGCUAGCUAGCCAUGGCAGUAGAUGGCCGAAGAGCGGCAAACAGAAGUCUUGAGACCCUUAUCGACAUCGACAAGAAGGCUGUGGCUGCAAGAGCAGCAGCGCCACUGCCGCAGCUGCAAAAGACGGUACCAGGACAAGGCUUGGAAUUCAAUAACUUGUCAUAUAGUGUCUUAAAGAAGUAUAAAAAAGAUGGAGUUUGGAUCAAAAGAGAAGCUUAUCUUUUGAAUGACAUCUCAGGACAGGCAAUGAGAGGCGAGAUCAUGGCUAUCUUGGGGCCAAGUGGUGCCGGGAAAUCUACAUUUCUCGAUGCCUUGGCUGGUCGGAUGGCGAAAGGAAGCCUCGAGGGAUCGGUUAGGAUCGAUGGAAAGCCAGUGACUGCAAGUUACAUGAAGAUGGUUUCAUCUUAUGUUAUGCAAGAUGAUCAACUCUUCCCAAUGUUAACUGUGUUUGAGACCUUCAUGUUUUCAGCUGAGAUUAGGCUUCCAUCCUCUAUUUCCAGGGAGGAGAAGAAGAAUAGAGUUUAUGAGCUCAUUGACCAACUAGGUUUACAGAGUGCAAUGCAUACUUAUAUAGGUGAUGAAGGGAGAAGAGGAGUUUCAGGAGGUGAACGAAGAAGGGUGUCGAUAGGAAUCGACAUCAUUCAUAAACCAUCUCUCUUAUUUUUGGAUGAGCCAACCUCAGGCCUUGAUUCAACUAGUGCUUUCAGUGUAGUAGAGAAAGUAAAAGAGAUUGCUCGAAAUGGUAGUAUUGUCUUAAUGACCAUUCAUCAACCUUCUUACAGAAUUCAACUGUUGCUUGAUCGCAUAACUGUUCUUGCUAGGGGAAAACUGAUAUAUGUUGGAAGUCCACUAAACCUUUCUGCUCAUCUUUCCGGAUUUGGAAGGCCGGUACCGGAUAGCGAAAACGGCAUUGAAUAUCUAUUGGAUGUGAUCAAGGAAUAUGAUGAAUCAAACGUCGGGUUGGAACCUCUUGUUGUAUACCAACGCCAUGGCAUCAAACCUGAUCAAACUGCAAAGACUCCCGUUCCAAAAACGCCUCGAACUCCAUAUAAAAAGACCACAGGACCAGGACCAAAGUUCCUAAACCUUCGCAGUCAAGCAUUCUCCAUGACCUCAGGACCAAACUCAAGCCAGUUUGACUCUGCAUAUGCAUAUGAAGACAAUGAGGAUGAUGAUUUUGAUAGAUCUCUUGAACGUAAAUCUACCAAAACUUCAGUGAGUAAUCGUAAUGGCGUUCAUAAUCCUCGUUUAGCUUCUGAAUUUUACAAAGAUUUGUCUGUUUGGGUGUAUAAUGGUGUUAAAGGAACUCCUCAUCGACACCCGUCAUGGACUCCGGCGAGAACGCCGGGACAAACACCAGCAAAAACUCCUAUUUCUGGAGUUAGAAGUGGAAUAGUUUCAAGCCAAAUUCCAUCAUCUCAUGCAAAAAUACCUUCGGUCUUCAGCAUGUCAAUGGAUUCUCAUUUUCCUUCUUUCCAAGACUUUGACAUUGAGGAAGUUCUCGACGAGACAGACCAUGGUCCUAAAUAUGCAAAUCCUUGGCUUCGUGAGGUCAUUGUGCUUUCAUGGCGAACAACGCUCAACGUGAUCCGCACCCCAGAAUUGUUUCUGUCUAGGGAGAUUGUUUUGACAGUAAUGGCAUUGAUUCUCUCCUCCAUGUUCAAAAACCUUAGUCAUGCUUCCUUUAGAGACAUCAACAGGCUUCUCAACUUCUACAUCUUUGCAGUUUGUCUUGUUUUCUUUUCAUCAAACGACGCUGUCCCGACAUUCAUUCAAGAAAGGUUCAUCUUCAUUAGAGAGACUUCUCACAAUGCAUAUCGAGCAUCAUCCUAUGUCAUUUCAUCUCUCAUUGUUUAUCUCCCAUUUUUUGCCAUUCAAGGCUUCACAUUUGCUGCCAUAACACAAUUCUGGCUUCACUUGAAAGGCAACCUCUUCUUCUUCUGGAUCACACUCUUUGCCUCACUCAUUACAACAAACUCAUACGUUAUGCUUGUGAGUGCGCUCGUACCAAGUUAUAUCACAGGCUAUGCCGUAGUUAUCGCCACCACAGCCAUUUUCUUCCUCACUUGUGGGUUCUUCUUGAAACGAACUCAAAUACCAGUAUAUUGGAGGUGGCUCCAUUACAUCUCUGCAAUAAAGUAUCCAUUUGAAUCAUUGUUGAUCAAUGAGUUCAAAGGUAAAAGAUGCUAUCAAGGAAAUCCCAAUGAUCUUUCACCUGGUCCUAUGGGAGAUGUAAGGUUUAGCAGGUUGCAUAAUGUUUCUACCGAUUUGCAACCUGGCUGCUUGCUAAUCGGAGAAGACGUUCUGUUUUCGAUGGACAUUAAUAUGGAACAUAUAUGGUACGACAUUGUGAUUCUACUAGCUUGGGGAGUGCUUUACCGGUUGUUCUUCUAUGUGGUUCUAAGAUUUUACUCCAAGAAUGAGAGAAAAUGAAGAAUGUACUGUCUUCCAUCUCUCUCUUAAAUCUUUUGAAUGGAAAUAAGUUGAAGGUAGCAAAAUCACUUUUCAGAGGCUGAUCCAAGAAACAGAAGACAAAACAAGUAACUUUGAGCACAACAAUGAAGUCUGUUUUCUCAAAUUCAACACAAGUGGAAGGUUUUUUAGGGUGUUUCAACUAUUGAGAAUGUUUCAACUCUGUCUUUUCCCAUAUUCUGUUAGUACUUCAAAUUUUACGCUAAUCAUACUCCCUUCAGAUCUACAUGUUAGAUUGAUAACUUUUUUGUUCUCACCUUUCAAGAAAUAGAGAAUCAACCAAAACUAAAAACGUGAAGCAUGUUUUAUUUUGGCAUGUAGAAAACAGUCGAACAAAACAGCUAUAAUCAUUUUAUCAGUUGUUCUUUAAGAACUUCCCCUAUUUCCCAAAAAGAGGAUUCCAGAUAUAGAAAGGGAGAAAUUUUGGUGAUCCUCUGAAAUAAUGGGGGAAAGAAGAAGAUAAUGUUGAAAAGGUUUAAAUGUCACAUCAAACAUAAUAAUUCAAUCGCAACAGAUUGCUCUUCAUUGUCUUGAGUAAAAACAAUAUCUGUUAGAAUGGGAAAGAAA